GAAGAACGAUGACUCUUCGAAGCUGAGAUUCAAACUCUCGCUCUAAAAUUGUCAACAAUCCCAACAGUGUCAUGUUGGACAGCAAAAACGCCGAGUGCCGCGGCAAAAAGAUAUUAAACAAAUUGACGAAAGAAGAAAUGUCUAAUUUACAAAAGCAGAUAUAUUACUCGGACAAAUACACUGACGAUGAAUAUGAAUACAGGUAGUUGGAAGUACAUUUAACAUUUGCUGAGCCUUUUUAAAAUUUCAAUGAAACCAAUAUCGGAUAUCGUCAUGCUGAACCGAGUGGAAUGAAGUCAAGAGCGUAAUCUAAAUGCAGGCAACCAAUGGCAACCGCAUACGUUUAAUGAGUGUUAAGCCUUGAAAAACAAAUAUUAAAAGACUAGUAAUUUAUUUUUGAUCAAAUUCUUAAAUUUAGGCUUAACCUUAAUCAUAAUGUUUUAAAUUCCUACUGACUGUAUAUGAUAGUUCAUGUCAUGUAGUAUGUUGAUAUGGGGUGGCCGAUUGGGAAGUUUUGAAUGAAUAUUAUAUAUAUUUUUACAUUUUCAAUUUUGCCAUACUCAUAGUCAUACCUACAUACAGUGGUAGACCCAACAAGUUUAAAAGUAAGGGAUAUGCAACGGUAGGCCAAAUCUAGAGCCUUUGUCUAUGUUAACUUAAUAUUUGAAUACGUGUAAAAUUAUGGACAAGACAAAUCAGAAAAGAAAGAAAAUAUAUAAAUAUAGGCUUUUCCAUUUUCCCCUAGCUCCUCUUUAAUUAAGCCUCUUAGUGCUACUCUUAAUUUUAUUUAAAACCAAAUCCCCCUUCCUCAAACCACAUACACACUUUUUUGUUGGCCUGAUUAUAGAUGAAAUUACACUUUCAACAUUGACAUGCCCAUGGCUAUAGUCUAUAGUAAUAGUAGUUAAAGACUCAAUAGGCUAUAUUAUUAUAUUACUCAUACUCCUAGAGGUAAUAAGGGGAGAGACUCAUACUCCUAGCCCUAGAUUUAAAACAAAAAUGUUGUGCCUGAUUUUAUGUCGUCCCUUCACCACUGCCUGCUAGUACUACAUGACUACACUCAAAUUAAAUUGCAAAAUAUUUGUUGACCUAUUAAAUUAUUAUAAUAUGAAAUAAUGCACAUCAAAUUUAGGCAGGCCACACUUCACUUAUCACUAUUCAUUCUUUUUUGUAUCAAAUUAGUGCUUCCCAAACUGGGGUCUAUUGAUAACUUUGUUCCAGUUGAUUCAUAUAGAGGUGACAAUAUAUAUACACUACUUUAUAGAACUAUGAUGUAACAAAUAUAAGCCUAUUAUCAUAUUAAUCCUAUGAUAGACCUAGGCUAAUGAAAUCCUGUGCAUUACAAAGCUUUUUAUUAUGAAAAAUGUAGGCAGUAUAGGCCUUUUAAGUUGAUUUAAAGUUUUUGUGGUACAAAUUCAACAGUAGAAGUACAGAUUUGAUCAUCACUGCUUGGGCUUGAUGUAAUUGUAAUAGUAAUAGGCCAACUUCUUAAACUUAAUUAAUGACUGUAUAACUUUAAAAAAAAACUAUAGUACAUUGCCAUUGUUGUUGAGGGAUUAACAUAUGAAAUCAAUUAAAGAACUGGUCAGUGGUGGGAAGACUUGGGGCACUUGUGAAAUGCAUAUGAUGUAGGCUUUGCUCAAACUUUAUCAGUCUUUACAUUCAACCAUACAGUCUAAACAUAAGCCUAAUCAAUUGGGGUAGUGGAAGGGGUAUACCCACAUGACUUUCACGGGAAGUACUUAAUGUUAGCAUAGAGGUUCUUCUAAUUUAAUUCAAGUUUUUAUUUUUAACUUUAUUUUUUUAAUUUAACCCCUUUAGCUAAUUGGCCAAUUCUAAUAUUCCAUUCAGGAUUCUUUUUUUUUUAGGGUAAAGUUUUCAGAACUUUUAAAAUUUUAUUGGAUGGUUCCUGUCAUAAGAUUUCCUGCUUCUCUAGUUUUCCUUUUUUUAAAACACUUAGCUGGUAGCAUAUACAAAUUCUACAUUUCCCAUGAACUUGAUUAACAUUGAUUGAAGUUUUUGCUUAUAGUAAUUUAAAAAAAGUAUUAAUGAUCAUUUGAUUGUUAUUUUGUUGAAAAUGAAAACACUAGUAUCCAAAAUCCAAGGGUAAAAGCAGUGCACCCCGCCAACCUUAUUUGUCCCACCUAAGCACCUAAAAUAGAUUACUGUACUUGUCCCCACAUCCACUUUAGAAAUGUAUAUUUCCCCCAGAAACUAAGUGUACCCCCUCCCCCCAAAUCUUCCAAUUUGGCUCACACACAUAUGUUAGGUUUUUAAAUAGAGAGUCAAAGUUAACCCUUUUGAGAAGGAGCCCUUUUUGGACUCUCUGUAUAUAUUCAUGUAGUGAAUUUAAUGAACUAAUACACUCUGUAUGAAUCAAACUGAAAUCUCAACAUUUAUGCAAAUUAGAUAACCUGAUUUGCAUAAUUUAUGCAUGCAAUUAUUUUUUAAAACUUGGAAUAAACAUGUCUUACUUGAAAAUUGUAUGAUUAUUGAAGCCUAAAUAAGCCCUAACUAAAAUCUGAAUGAGAUUCAAAGCAAAAAAAAACUUCAUAAAACAUUUCACUGGGGCUGCUUAUGCAUUUUGGCCUAUUUCAAGGUCACAUAUUAUUUUUUAAUCAAUUGUAGGGGUCAAUACUAACAAAAAAUUGAUAAAAAUGACAGAAUACUGUAAACUAUCAAUGUAGGGUGCCAUUAAAAUGGUGAGAUGAGCAAGAAAUGCGAGAAGCAAUCUGAUUAGUUGGUACAAAACCCAGCUAGCUAAUCUUGAGGCUUUUAUUGAUGGGUAGUUGGAUCUGAUAGUUUGAUUCUGAGAGAAUGUGAAUACCUAACAUCGCUACCUUCCCUCUGUGUCACUUUGUGUGUUAAUGUUCCCUAGUAAAAAAAUAGAUAUGCAUACAGUUUAGUGACUGAUCGCCUACAUUUUUAAAAAGCAAACUUUUUAAGCUAGCAAAGUGAAUAUUGAAGUACCGGUACCCAUAAUCAUUACAUACUGUUUUUGGUAUGCAUGCAAGACACAACCACUCACACACUUUUGCCGCAGCCAUCAGAGAAUAAAAUUUAAAGUUAAUAAUAAUCUGUUUCUGUGUAAUAACAGUGAAGAUUGGAAUUCCUAAUUAAUACUGUUUGCUUAUUUUUAAUUUUGUUUCAAAAUAAUCUAUUAUUGGAUUCUGAUAAUUUUCACAACUGCAAUGCAAAAGUGAUACAAAUAAUUAGUUUUGACUUUUAUUUUACACACUUACACACAAAAGCCAUUUUUAAAACGGUUAAUUAGCUAUCCAAUUAUUGUUUUACAUCCCUAAUUAAAUGAAAAGUUGCACCAAUUAAUAGAAAUCAGUAAUAAGCCAUUUAUCCAAUAAUCUUUAUAAGGAUUUUUUGGACAUAUUAAUGGUCUAAUACAAGGGUUGGCAAACUUUGACAAAUGUAAAGCUAUUGGGGGGGGGGGCAUGUAUGCUAUGUCCAAUUUUUACAUGUAAACAAUUCUCUAUGUUAAAAUUGGUAAAUUUGCAUUUUAGCAUUACAUGACAAAAGUCAAUGACUGUUUAAAAAAAAAAAGAAAAUUCGAAAGAAAGGUGAUCUAAAAUGUUAAAACAAUUAUAACAGUACAUGAAACUCUGUAAAAUUCAACAAAAAUAACUUGAAAACAAAGUAAUUUUAUUUCUAAAUGCCUUUGAGGGCUGCAUAGUAUCAUUUGCCAUAGUUUGCCCAAACCUGCUCCAAUAGGCUUUGAAUUGAAUAUUAGAAAAUGCCUCAUGCUGAGAAAAAGCAAAAUUCAAACUUUUCUAAAAGAAUAGCAAAUGGUAAUAUCUAAUAACAAUAGUCAAAGUUUACUUUUGUAAAGUGUAAAAGCUUGCCUAACCAGAUUCACUCAGUAAUUAGUUAUUCAUGGAGGGGCAAUUACAGAAGCUACGUUGUCUGUCAAAGACUUCAAGUUAAGGAUGCCAAAUUUCUGGGGACUGAAUUUGCACAUACUUUUGCCCGAUUAGGAAUCAUAUUGAAUGUACAAUUAGUUUAACCCACAAACUGUCUCUUCUCUUCCUGUACUGUGUCGGCCGAUUGGCCAAUAAAAAUUGUGUUGAAAGAAUAAGUUCCAAUCUAAUAUUUUACACCAAAUAAAAAUACUUCCUUUUCUUAAUAAAUGAACUUCCUUUUUUUUUGCUCUUCUGUGUCCUUUUUUUAAACUUGGGAGUAAUUUUUUACAAUGAUCUUUGUCAAGCAAAUUUGUGUAAGGAGAUUUUCGCGAAAUGGAUGAGGCCAUAGCUGGACCAUCUGGCUUACAAAAUAAAUCAGGAAUUGUUUGGAUAACUUUUUAGUUAAUGACCUAAGUGAUUCGGAAGAUGAUUUUCCAAUCACACACGAAGAUAAUGAUAAUUCCGAUUAUUUUUCUUGUGGGUCAGAAAGGCUCAGACAAUCUAGGUCUAGAACAAGUAGGCGUUGCCCAACAACAGCACUGGUUCAAAACUAUGUUGCAGAUGAUUGUGUACCAACAAAAAAUAAUUGGAUGUUGUUCUAUAUUUUUAUUUAUAUUUCAUUUUAUGGGUUAAAUAUUUUUAUAGAACCUUCAAAAUUUUAUCUGUUUCUUGCUAUUUGGUAAUGUUUAUAUUGUUUAAGUCGUGCUUUGUUACUUGAAAAUAAUUAUAGGUAUCAGAAGAAAUAAAACAAAACAAAAAUCUAUUAAUGACUAAAACAUAAACAAAUACAUUUUCUGAAAGAUAAAUAAAAAUACUAUCAUAUUAUAUAAACAUUAUAAUAAUAUGCCUUCAAAAAAUUGUAGUUUGAGGUACUUGAAAAGAAAAAUUUUCAUUAUUUUCUUCAUUCUUGGUCACUCCAAGGUCAGCGAGUAUAACAUAUCAUUAAAAAAUAGCCAGUAUGAUUCCCCACUCAGUCUAAUUUCAAUAAAUAUUUACUUUAUUGGGUUUAGCUAUCUAGUAUUUGCAUGUGAAUUCGAAGGCACCCAAAAAGCUCUAAAUUGCCCACACAGUACAGAAUGAUACAAUGGACUUUUCGUGGGUUAAAUAAAAUAUCCAUUUGUCCUUAAAUAUGUAAUUUGUAACCUAAUAAUUUUAUGCUCUUAAAUUUCAGACAUGUUAUGCUUCCUAAAGAGAUAGCUAAAUUAGUUCCGAAGACCCACCUGAUGUCAGAAACAGAAUGGCGAAGUAUUGGUGUGCAGCAAAGUCAUGGUUGGGUUCAUUAUAUGCGACAUGACCCAGGUACCUUAAUAUAUAUUUAGAUCAAUCAUUAAUUCAAAUACCUCUACCAUUAUAUCAAAUUGAAGGCCUUUUCGCUGGAUCAACACAUUUUCUCCCCCAAAAAAAAGGGGGGGGGGGGGUUCUUCAUAGUGAGGCAUGCUAGACAUUUACUAUAGACUGUUUAAAAAAAAAAUCUUUCAGUCUUAGUUCAUAUCUGCUUGGCUAAUUCAGUUUUUAUUGUGAUCUUCUAAAUCCAGCUAUAUAAGUCACAGGUCAAACAUGCAGUAUGCUAUGUGAACAUCCUUACUUGGUUUAUUUACUUUUAUGUUAAUAAGUGUCAUACUAUGCUUAACCACAGUACUAGUACAUUUUACAAUGCUAAUUUUUAUAAAAUUCCAGGAUUUUUUUUGUGCUAAAAAAGAUGACAUUAUCAAAUUCAUUGUUCUUCCACAGAGCCUCAUGUGCUGCUUUUCAGGCGGAAAUUACCAGAUAAAUAAUUGUACAAUAUUUUAAAAUCUAUAACUGUUUGGAUUUUUGAGAGCACUUUUUAAAGUGAUAAUUUUCAGCAACCGUUGAAUGCAAAGAUGUUGCUUGUUGUGAAGAAUUCAUUUCUGGAAGUGCUAUCAUGCAGACAAUUUUAGUUUUUUUUAAGUUACUGUGUAAUAUUUCCAUUUAUUGAUGAAAUGAAAAAUGAGCCUUGUAAAUAAAUCACAAUUAUGUUAAAUUGUAUUAUAAAAUAGGUCAUAUGAUGUGUGUGUGGCAACUUCUCCUCUAACUCUUAAGUGUAUUUGUUUUUGAAGCUGUCUAUAGGAAGGACUGUAUAUAAUUUUUUGGUUAUGUUUGACAUUCAUUUUAUAAGCAAUUCUUAUAAAUAAAUAAAUAUGUCAAAUUAAAGGCGGAAUCAUGGUUUUAAGUCACUAUGGUCAAUACUGAUAUUUGAUGGCACCCGGUAGUUAGCUUACUUUUUUGCUUUGUACCUCUCUCUUGUUUUCAUUUACGGUACUAUUCUAAUUUCUAUUUUCUAUUCUUGAUUCUUUGAUCAGAUGUUUUUGUUUGUCUAAAAAAGGAGUGGCACAAUUUAUAUCCAGCAUCUGUUUAAUAUUACUGUUACUAUUUUUGGGCAAAAAAAACCAACCAAAAAAAAGUAGAUAAUUUGUUAAAAUUGCUUUUUUACAUUAUUGUUAUUAGGCUUACAAUAUAAGAAUAGAAAAUUAGUCACUUUGUGCAACGUAAUUAGUAAUUGUCAGCGUUAAAAAAUUGUCCAAAAUCAAAUUGUUAAUCUCAGUAAUAGUUUUAAAAAAACAAUAAAGUUCAAAUCGUUA